AUGAGUCUAUCAAUAGCCCGACCGCUUGUGUCGGUGUACACAGAGAAGAAUGAGGCUGUCGCUGGAGCCUCGCUGCCCCUUCCUUUUGUUUUUAAGGCACCCAUCAGGCCUGAUCUUGUCAACAGCGUCCAUGUCUCCAUGUCCAAGAAUGCCAGACAGCCAUACUGUGUGAACAAGGAGGCUGGUCACCAAACCAGUGCCGAGUCAUGGGGUACCGGUCGUGCCGUAGCUCGUAUCCCCCGUGUCCGCGGUGGUGGUACCCACAGGUCCGGUCAGGGUGCGUUCGGUAACAUGUGUCGCGGAGGACGCAUGUUCGCGCCCACCAAGCCGUGGCGCCGCUGGCACCGCCGCGUCAACCUGCGCCAGCGCCGCGCAGCGGUGGCCGCAGCCGUGGCCGCCUCCGGAGUGCCUGCGCUCGUGCAAGCCAGAGGUCACAUCAUCGAGAAGAUCCCGGAAGUGCCCCUAGUGGUGUCUGACAAGGUCCAAGAGAUCAACAAGACUAAACAGGCAGUCAUCUUCCUGAGACGUAUCAAGGCCUGGUCUGAUGUUCUCAAGGUGUACAAGUCUCAACGCCUCCGCGCCGGCAAGGGUAAGAUGCGCAAUCGCCGUCGUGUUCAGCGCAAAGGACCCCUCAUCAUCUACCACAAGGAUCAGGGUUUGACUCGCGCAUUCCGUAACAUCCCUGGCAUUGAAAUGCUCAAUGUAGACAAGCUGAAUCUUCUGAAGCUUGCCCCAGGUGGUCACCUUGGCCGUUUCGUCAUCUGGACCCAGUCUGCCUUUGACAGGCUUGAUGCCCUGUUUGGAUCAUGGAAGACUCCAUCAAAGGAAAAGAAGAACUUCAAUCUGCCCCAGCCUAAGAUGGCGAACACAGACCUCACCCGCCUUCUCAAGUCUGAUGAAAUCAGGAAGGUGCUCCGCGCUCCCAACAAGCGUGUGGUUCGCGCCACCCGUAAGCUCAACCCCCUGACGAACACCAAGGCUAUGCUGAGAUUAAACCCAUUCUCUGCUGUGCUGAGAAGGAAAGCAGUUCUGGACCAAGACAGAAGGAAUAACGCUAAGGCCUUGGCCCUAGCUGAAAAGCGUGGAAUUAAGCUCCCGGAGAGCGACUCAGCGGUAAAGGCCGAAAAGCUUCGCUUGAAAAGGCGCAAGGCCAUCAAGGCCGCGCUGGCCAAGAAGCCGAAGAAGCCUGUUGCCAAGAAGACAGCGCCACCACCGCCUAAGAAGAAGGCAGCGAAGGAUAGCAAAGUAGCCAAACCUGCUGCUAAGUGA